AUGGCAGCAGUAGCAGGUCCGGCGGCUGGCACUCGUGGAAGAAUGCAGCACACAGCCCCCUUUAGUGGACCAGCAGAUUCCACAGUCUUGCCACUGUGGGCCGCAGGGCCCGCUGAUGCAACCGGCAACCAACAACUUCACUAUUGGCCUUUUGCCACUAGUGAUCUGUACAAUUGGAAAACUCAGAAUGCCAAAUUCUCAAAUAAUCCCAGAGAUUUAACUGACCUCCUAGAGACUAUUUUGUUUACUCAUCAGCCUACCUGGGAUGAUUGUCAACAGGUCCUCCAGAUUUUAUUCACCACUGAGGAAUGUGAGCGAAUCCAGAUGGAAGCCCAGAAAUCUGUCUUGGGGGAUAACGGGCAGCCCACUACUAAUGUAGAUGUGAUUUAUACCACCUUCCCCUUAACCCAUCCUAAUUGGGACUACAACACGACUGAAGGUAAGGAGAGACUCCGGGUGUACCAUCAGACUCUAAUGGGAGGUCUCAGGGCAGCCACUAGGAAGCCCAGCAAUUUGGCUAAGGUAGGUGAUGUACAGCAAGGGAGGGAUGAAAGUCCUGCCGCUUUCUUAGAAAGAUUAAUGGAAGCAUUUCGCCAAUAUACCCCCAUGGAUCCGGAAGCACCUGAAAUUAAGGCUGCACUGAUCAUGGCUUUUGUGAAUCAAGCAGCCUCAGACAUUAGGAGAAAGUUACAAAAAAUUGACAGACUAAAUGAAAAAAGUAUUCAGGAUUUAAUGCUAGUUGCAGAGAGGGUUUAUAAUCACAGGGAAAGUCCAGAGGACCAACAGGCCAAGGCACCCGUGGCAGCCAGUGACCAGAACACUCAGAACCUUGCAAAAAUCUUACUCGCCUCAACAACCGGGGACGUCCGAGGGAGAGAACAGCAGCUGCAGAAAAUUGCAAAAUACCAAGGUUUGGGCAUUCUGCUCCAUGAUUGCAUCGACACUCUGGCUCAAGCGCACGGAACCCGAACUGACCUAGGAGACACACCCUUACCGGAUGCCGAAGUUGCUUGGUAUACGGAUGGGAGCAGCAUUGUGCGUGAUGGACUAAGGUGGUCCGGGCGGGCGGCGUGGCCGGCAGCGCUCGCUGCUCUUGGCUCGCGGCCGCGCCGGGCUCUCAGGGCUGGGCUGGAGCUGCGGGGCGGCGCCGGGACAGGAAGCGGAAAGCAGCAGUGCAGCAGCGGCGGCGGCGGGGCUCUGCCUCUACCGGAGCCCAGCGCAGGCCGCAGAGCCGGGGCCGCUGUGAGCCGAGACCCCGGGCCGCGGAGCCUGCACGGCCGGCGCAGAGAUUCAGAUCCUAGGUUCACGGCUCUCGUGUUCCUGGCCAGGAGCGGCUUUGCCUCCUGCAGACCGCGCCCCAUCUCGCGCUUCUCGGGACCCCACUCCUCUCCCAUCUCGGCGUGA